AAGACACACGUCAAUAUGACCGCUUUCGACUAUGUUCAAACUUAUUUGGUUUCUAACGUUUUUUUUCACUAGUAUAUUCCUAUUUUUGAUCCUGUUCUUCAUAAAGUUCGUGCAUUCCGACGGAGAGGACGAAAAUGCUCGUAUCCGACUCAGGUUUAAAUGGGCCUAACGAGUUGCUGGUCAAAGUGGUCAGCCCUGACGGACAAACCUUCACGGCGUAUUUUUCCGAAGAUACCCUCAUAGAGGAGGUGAAGAACAGGGCCAUAGACUACUUCUACCCCACUGGGGAAACAGGCGCAAGCCGCUACAAAAUCGUGCGAGUGUUUGACACGAGCACGUUACACGAUUUCCUCACGCUGGCCCAAGAACAAGUGACGAUGCAGGAAGAAUUGCUGCUGGUGGAAAGACGGUUACCUGAAGCAGGUACUCUCUGGGAUCUUGGUGCGGUUAGAGCCCCUCAACAAGGCACUAUCGCAGCCGCAACUGCGUCGCUUCCCGCUCCUCAAAACACCGUUCGCCAGCCGAAUUUGCAGUCCUUGCUUUCAACCAACGAGUUAUCGUACGAGCUGAGGAAGAUCUUGAUAUCGCUUAUCGAAGCUGGAGCCCGCUUAGCUGCUGCAGGCAGAAAUUAUGAGAUGACUUUAGCUCAAUUAUCAGCAGCCUUAGAUGAACCUCAACGCCUUCGCCAGAAUUUAGUGCAGGUUAUAACGCCAGAAGAGAUAGCUGCUCGCUUCAACCCUUCUGACAUUCAAAGCGUGUCCGAAGAGGGAUCCAGUACCAUGAAGACAGGUGCUGGCGAGGAGUUGUUCAAGCGAGCAGAGCAUUUGCAGCGGUUCUUGGAGAAGUUCCGCGCUUGGCGAAUGAAGAUCGCAGAGCCUCCGAACCCGGACGCUGUGACAGCGUUGAAAGAUUUAGGAUUUUCUUUAACUGAUGCGGAUCAGGCGUUGAGACAGACUGGGUGUAACGUCCCGGCUGCUGCCUCGUGGUUAAUAGGAGAGCGUGGGUCCAGUAUCUUCGAGUUGAUCAACGGUCUGCCCGAUGGUCUUAUUCUCCAGACUCUGCUCAAGCAGCCUCAGAUUCAAAGAGGGCUUUUGAACACGAGGAUGUUGAUUGCGUUCAUUGCUAUGGUUGGGCAAACGGGGAGCGCGAGUUUGUGGCUGAAUUCCCCUCAUGGGAGCCCGUUGCUGUCCCAGAUAUCUAGGACGUACCACUCGGAGAAGUACUGCCUCGCAGUGAACCAGUUUUCAGAGGAACGUCGCGAGCGGACUCGCAGCGCCUCUAUGCCGAAGGUGCCAGGCCUGUACUGGAGCGGCGGCGACGUGAUCAACGACAACGGUUUCGGGUGCUACGCGCAGCGCGGCCGGCGCGCGCCCAUCGGCGCUGAGAACUAUCACUUCCCGCAUUCUAUGCCUGGUCUCCUGUCGAUGCGGGUGACGCGCGACGACGAGAUGUGCGGUAUCUUCAACAUCACUUUCAAACCGCUGCCGCAAUUCGACUUGCACAGCGUCGUGUUUGGGCGGAUAAUCCGCCCGAGUCCAGUUUUCGAUUCAAUCACAAGUCUAGGGUCGGCGCUCAACUCACACCCAGUAGUGGAGCUAUGUGGUGCGAGGCGAGACCAACGCAAACGCAGAGGAACUACGUAAUAA